AUGUCCGAGACCGUUCUAAUUACCGGCGCUUCAGGCUUUCUAGCCGCACACAUCAUCCAAGUAUUCCUUGAAGCUGGGUACAAAGUCCGUGGAACUGUCCGAUCCCCCUCGACUGCCGAAAGAGUCAAAUCUCGCUAUCCUCAGUUCGCCGACCAACUUUCAUUCUCGAUUGUUCCCGACAUUGCCGAGCCAGGGGCCUUCAACGAAGCCGUCAAGGGCGUAUCAGGCGUCAUCCACACCGCAAGCCCAUUCAUCCUUGAUGUGGAAGACAAUGAGAGAGACCUUCUCCAACCGGCUAUUCAAGGAACCCUCAAUGUUGUCAAAGCUAUUGCAGAAUAUGCUCCCACCGUGCGGCGCGUUGUCUUGACCUCGUCCUUUGCCGCGAUAUUAGACCUCACUCAGGGAUUGCGACCUGCAUACCGUUACACCGAGCAAGACUGGAACCCAUGCACAUAUGAAACAGCAAAGGAAACCUCAAAUGCUAGCAUAGCAUACUGUGCGUCCAAGGCGUUCGCUGAACGAAGCCUCUGGGACUGGGUGGCUGAACAGAAGCCCGGAUUUAGCGUGGUUACAAUCUGUCCGCCGUGGAUCUUUGGGCCGAGUGUUGAUAACGGUUCGGCGAAACUGAACGAGUCCACGGAGGUUAUCUGGAAGUUGAUCACCGGAGCUCGGAAAGAAGUUCCAGAGAAUGAUUUUGCUGCCUUUGCCAAUGUCAAGGAUGUUGCGCUGGCCCAUUUGAGGGCGUAUGUGAUGGAAGAGGCGGCUGGUGAGCGCUUUAUCGUCGCAGGGGGUCAGUUUCUCUAUCAGAAUGCGUGCGAUAUCAUCCGCAGGCGGUUCCCUCUGCUGAGAGACAAGGUGCCCAAGGGUGUGCCAGGUGCGCAUUUGGAUACGUAUAUCGCUGAUGGCACCAAGGCGGAGAGGGUCCUGGGCCUCCAGUAUCGGAGCUUGGAGGACACCUUGGUCGAUACCGUGGAGGAUCUGUUAAACAAGCAUCCGCUCUUGUCUUGA